GACGAAUUCCGAUUAUAAGAAAUUGUACAUGACUAGUAAAGUAAAGCGUAUGAUGUACACGAGCUCCUCCUUGAUUUCUGCAGUUGUCAUCCCAGCGAGAAUUCCGAUCGCGAGCUGUGACGCAGCGGCACCUCCGAGAGAUCUGCUUUGUGCGUUGACUGCGGGUUCCUCUUGACUCGCCUGCCUGUUCGUCUCCUUCGUUUCCCAUGUGCUGAGCUGUGGACUAACGCUGCCAUUUAACAGGGGUUCAUCUGCCCUCUCUGUAUGAGCUCUUACCAAACCUCCACCGGGCUGUUUGACCAUUACCAGAGCGAGCACGGAGAGGCAGACGCACAGCAGCGAGAGCGGCGCCCCCCGCCGGCUCCCAUCACCGGGUUCAUCUGUCCGCAGUGUAUGAAGUCCCACGCCUCUGCCGAAGAGCUCUUUAAGCACUAUGAAGCGUUUCACGAAACUGCCAAUCAGUCUGGUGGUCACGGGGGACUGUCCGUCCAGUCCACAGGAAGCAGGGAAGACGUAGCAAUCCUUCGACAAGAAGUGCAGGAUCUCCAAGCUUCACUUAAGGAGGAGCGAUGGUUUUCUGAGGAACUGAAGAAAGAACUGGAAAAGGUUCAAGGGCAGCUGAAGCAAGGUCCACAUACUGAUGGAGUAGCAAGUGCUGAAUCAUCAGAGAUGCAGUCGCUGGAACUGAAGCUGCAAGAUGCUGAAACGGAAAAGUUCCACAUCAAGCAAAUGAAAGACUUGUUUGAGCAGAAAGCGGCACAGCUGGCCACUGAGAUUGUAGACAUCAAGUCCAAAUACGAUGAGGAGAAGGGCCUACGAGAGGCUUCGGAGCAGCGAGUCCUCAGCCUGUCCCAGGACCUGCAGAAGGAGAGAGAGGAGAAAGAGAAACUCCACACAGAGCUGCUGCAGCGGCCCGGCGUGGAGGAUGUGGAGGUGCUGAAGAGGGAGCUGGUGCAGGUGCAGACCCUCAUGGACAACAUGACCCAGGAGCGAGAGCAGGAAUCCGAGCGCCUCAAGAACCAGUACAAGCAGCUGCAGGCCGAGUACACAGCCUCAGAGGUUCGUAAACUUGAGACUACGAUAUCCCAGAUGCGGGCGGAGCUGGAGAAGGGUCCCCAGGAGGUGGCUGUGUACACGCAGCAGCUGCACAAGCUGCAGAGCUCCCUGAAUGGACUUCAGCAGCAGAACCAGAGUCUGUCGGAGAAAUUGUCCAAGAAAGACCAGGAGUGCCGGGAGCUGGAUGAACGCCUUGGCGAGGAGCUGGCCAGCAAGAAGAGCCUGCAAGCCAGCCUGCACCAGAAGGAGCUUGACUGCCAGCAGCUCCGGGCCCAGGCCUCGUCCACGGACGCCUCUCUCCAGAGAGCCCAGGCGGAGCUCAGCGAGAGAGGGGAGACCAGCCACAAGCUGAAGCAGGAGCUGUCGGAGCUGGAGGUCAAGCACCAGCAGCUCAAAGCUGAGUUCAAGCAGCUCCAGCAGCAGAAGGAAGAGAAGGAACAGCAAGGGCUCCAUCAACAGACUGAGAUCAACCAGCUGCACGCCAAGCUGCUGGAGGCGGAGCGCCAGCUCGGGGAGGUGCAGGGCCGCCUGAAGGAGCAGCGGCAGCUCUCGGGGGAGAAGCUGAAGGACCGGGAGCAGCAGGUGGCCGACCUGCAGCUCAAGCUCUCGCGGGCCGAGGAACAGUUGAAGGAGAACGCCACAAAGUCGACUGACUUGCAGCACCAGCUUGACAAGGCUAGACAGCAGCAUCAGGAGGUGCAGGCUCUGCAGCAAAGCACCAACGCCAAGCUGCGCGAGGCCCAGAAUGAUCUGGAGCAGGUGCUGCGUCAGAUUGGUGAUAAAGACCAGAAGAUCCAAAAUCUGGAGGCCCUGCUUCAGAAAAGCAAAGAUAACAUCAGCCAGCUGGAGGCAGAGAGGGAGGACCUGUGUGCCAAGAUCCAGGCUGGUGAGGGGGAAACCGCAGUGCUCAGUCAGCUCCAGGAGAAGAACCACGCACUGCAGGAGCAGGUCGCCCAGUUGACCGACAAGCUGAAGAACCAGUCGGAGAGCCACAAGCAGGCCCAGGACAACCUGCAUGAGCAAGUCCAGGAGCAGAAGACGCACCUGCAGACCGCGCGAGACCGCUGCCUCUCGCUGGAGGCCUCCCUCAAGGAGAUUAACGCCCAGCUCGCAGAGAGCAGAGAGAAGGUGGCCCAGCUAGAUACUCAGCUGAAGGCAAAGACCGAGCUGCUGCUGUCUGCUGAAGCUGCCAAGACUGCCCAGAGGGCUGACCUGCAGAAUCACCUGGAGACAGCCCAGCAUGCACUGCAGGACAAACAGCAGGAGCUGACCAAAAGCAAAGCUCAGCUGGAAGAGCUGAGUGCCAAGCUGCAGGACAAGCAGGAGUUCUGCAGCCAGCUGGAGAGCAGUCAGAAGGAGUUCAGGGAGAAGCUGCUGAGCUCUGAGCACAAGGUGGAGCAGCUGGAAGGGCAGGUGAAGAAGCUGGAGGCGGAUCUCCAGGAAGUGAGGACCAGCAAGGGGCAGCUUCAGCAGGAGCUGCAGAAACAGAGGCAGCAGGUCUCUGAAACCGACAGCCGAGCAAAGGAGCUCAGCAAGCAGCUGGAUGCAGAGAAGAGGGGGGCUGCAGACCUGAAAGAAGAACUGCGGAAGAAAUCCAGUGCUCUGGAAGAGACGACGCAGAAGCUGAGCAAGAGAGAGGAAGAAUGCCAGGGCCUCAAGCAGAGCCUGGAGAAAAUAUCCCAAGAGGCCAAGACACGGCAGGCUGAGCUAGAGGCCAGAGUUCAGUCCCUAACGGGGGCCCUUCAGAAAACACAGGAGGAAAAGGAGUCUCUCUCGAAAGAUCUCUCGACGGCCAAGGAGAACCUGUCCAACGUCUCGCAGUCUCUGAAAGAGACACAGGCUCAGUUUCAGAAAGAGAGACAAAGUGCAAAGGCUUCGCUGGACGAGAAGGAAAAAUCUCUUCAGCAAGUCCGACUGGAGCUUCAGAAGAAAGCCGAGUGUGCUUCUAAAGAAAUCAGUGAAGUGAAAGGUCUUCUCCAAAAGAGGGAAGAGAGCGAGAAGGAGCUGAAAACCCAGUUGACGUCUCUAACAGCACAGCUUUCAAAGGCACAAGAGGGUCUGAAGGAGAGGGAAAAGAGCGAGCGGCAACUUCAGGACAAGUUAAACACAGCCCAGGAGUCCUUCACCCAGGAGAUAAAGAAGCUGGGAAACCAGCUGAGUGAUUUACAAGCUCUCCAUUCCCAGAAGGUUGAUGCAGAGGGUAAACUGAAAGAGCAGGUAACAGCAUUGUCACUAGAGCUUAGUGCAGAGAAAGGACAACGUGCUGACCUCCAGAAGAGAUUGGAUAGCACCAAGGACAGCCUUGAAAAACUGCAGUCUGACUUGUAUGGGAAGGAAUCUGAACUAUCUGCUAUCAGGCAAGAUCUCAAGGCUUCGGAGGACAAGCUGGCUCUUGCUCAGGAAGAGCUGCUUGCGAACAGGAACCAGCUCAGCAGCUGCACCCAGUUGAUCCAAGAGCUCAAAGCCGCCAGGACAGCACUGGAGCAAGACCUGGCGAAGAAGGAAGAGAAGAGCAAGCAGCAGGAGAAAGCUCUGCAAGAGGCACGGAAGGAAAAGGGGCUGACAGACGAGGAGCUGGCGAAGGUGAAGUCAGAGGCUGCAGACCUGAGUGAAUUGAAGACCGAACUGGAGCAGGAAGUGAGCAGGCUGAGUGAAGAGUUGAAGACAUGCAAGGAGAAGGACCUCGCGGACCUGAGAGAUGCCAAGCAGCUGCUGAUCCAGCAGAAGCUGGAGAUCCAGGGACAGUUGGACAGCCUCCGCUCGGCUCUGGAGCAGCAGAAGAAGGAGUUCCAGGCCACGCAGGAGGCACAGAGCCACAGAGAGGAGGCUCUGAAGAAGGAGCGGGAACAGAUAGAAGCCAAGCUGGGUGCGGAGCUGCAGUCCCGGGAGGAGCUGAAGAAGAGGCACGAGGAGGCGGAGGCCCGGCUGAGCCUGCAGGCCGCGGCCCUGAACGAGAACCUGGGCACGCUGAAGAAGGAGUGGCAGAGCAGCCAGCGGCGGGCGGGCGAGCUGGAGAAGCAGGCGGACGAGCUGCGUGGGGAGAUCGCCGUGCUGGAGGCCACCGUGCAGCACAACCAGGACGAGCGGAGGGCGCUGCUGGAGAGAUGUUUGAAGAGUGAAGGGGAAAUUGAAAAGCUGCAGGCCAAAGUGGUGGAGAUGCGAAGGAAAUUGGACGACACGACGGCAGCAAUGCAAGAACUGGGAAGGGAGAAUCAGUCGCUACAGAUUAAGCACUCCCAAGCUCUUACUCGGAAAUGGGCUGAAGAUAAUGAAGUACAGAACUGUAUGUCCUGUGGGAAAGGGUUUUCAGUUACCGUCAGGAAGCAUCACUGUCGACACUGCGGGAAUAUCUUCUGCGCUGAAUGUUCAGCCAGGAAUGCCUUAACUCCGUCGUCCAAGAAGCCGGUCCGAGUCUGUGACACUUGCUUUGAUGAGCUGCAGGGAUGAGGACAUUGACGAGCCCAGAUUGUCCACCACAUUUGUCUCAUUUUACACAUGCACUUGUAUGUACUUUGUAAACUACUUAAUAUUCCAUAUUAACAGCAAUUGCUGUGUUUUAUAGAGCGUUUGGCAUAGGAUCGCGGGGAUUAAUGUUUUUUGGUUGUGUUCCUGGUAGUGCCAAGAGCAGGCUGGCUUUUUGGCACUACAAUCCCUGAGAUAUUGUGUAUAGUGAAGACUGUCAGCAAAAUAUAGCAUAAAGCAAAGGGAUGGAUUUGAUCUAUAUAGUGCCUUUAUUACUGAUGCAGCCAUAUCGAAAUAGGGUUCUAGAAGAGGAAAACAUUCUGUGUAAAUAAUUUCUGGCUCGGCAUCAUUGGCUAUGACAGUGACAUGGUCUAUUUUAGAUUAAAUCAAUCCAAAGUGGAGCUGAAGAACAUCUUGCACAGAUGCAUUGAAUGAGACGGAAUGCCUUUUCAUCUGUAUGCAUUUUACAAUUACACCUGCCCAUGUGACAUCCUGUAUCCAGUGUCUACCUGUGCCAAGUGACCACUUUAAAUUUCUCCCAACAAUAUUUUUGGUUCAGUUUAAUUGUAUUGAGUGAUCAACAGUCUCAGUUCAACUGGUAUUUUUUUUAUUCCAUACAAGAAGUGCCAGAAGGAUAGUUGGUUGUCCACAAGUUGAAAAUGCCAGCAAAUGUAAGACACAUGCUUUUUAUUAUUUAAAUUAGACUUUUUUUUACCUUAUGUUUGUCAUCUCCUUCAUAACCUUUACUGAUCCCUGAAGGAUUUAGUGCAAUUACAGCUGAAAAAUACUAAAGUCUAUAGCAGUGAUUCCCAACCCUUACCUGGAAGAACACUGUCUCUUCUGUAUUUUGCUUCUGCUGAGUUCUUAAUCACAAGUUUUCUAUCGGAGGCAGAUUUGUAACUUUGCUUUCAGAUCUUUAAAGGCCCAAUGUGGUAAGGAAUCGGUAUCAACCCUUACCAAUUUCUGAGUUUCAGAAGUGUCGUCAGUUAGCUCUGUUGCCUAAAAUGUAAUCAGUUGGACCACUGUGGAAGGAAAAAAAAAACAGUAAUGUUGGGAGUGUUUGAUACAGUGAUAUUUCCAACAAGAGAACUGAUUCACUGGUAAGAGCUGUUCAGUCAUAAAUAAGGGUCAGUAAGUUGAGGAGAUGCUGUGUAAAGUUCUGUGUUCUAAAGUUGUUGGGAAUAGUACCCUUGAGGUAGGGUAUCUUUGACACUAAGGACUGACCAAAGAAAACAAGUUAAACGGAAAUGUGAACAAGAAAGCGCAUCAGUUAAGUCCUCAAUUAUGAGAGCUGAGCUGGAAUGAAAAUCGGCAGAUGGUGUUCUCCAAGCCCAGGGUUGGGGACCCCCGAGAUCCUGCAGUACUAAUGGAAAAAUAAGCUUUUUAACUUACUUUGCCUUAGCUGUUUUCGGGUUACAUUGUUCAAUCUUUUUGGUGCAUUUAUAAUGUACUCAAUCUCCAGUGGUAAGGGAAAGCAAACUAGAUGAACAGAGUAAGGUGAAAUUGUGGGCCCUGUAUUAAGAGACCACCUGUGUUAAACAACCAAUUUCUGACUGUUUUCUCUUAAUACGGGUUUGACUGUACGCAUAUACAUGCACAAAUAUAUAUAUAUAAUGUAACUAUGUAUAUACACUUACAUAGGCUUUCACUUUAGAUUGAAGGGAGACUGAUAUGUUAAUUCAUGGAAUUGAUUUGGUGAUUCUAGAGUGUGGUAAUUUGUCUUUUUAUUUUAAAUAAAGGCAUGUGUGAGAUAUAAAGUAAGAAAAGGUCUCCAGGCUAAGAAUUUCAGAGGUGCCAGCUAUGGAAUUUCAUUUAAUAACCAAAGAUUGCAAUGUAAAGAUUCACUUGAUUUGAAAGUAUUUAUCUUGUUCCCUUAAAUGUGUUAGAGAGCACGGUAGGUGAGACACAAACCCUUUCUGUUUUAUUCUGCCAUACAAUAGCUAUAUUUUAUUCUUUUAAGGUUUUGCUGCAGUUCAUAUGAAAGAGAUUAAGUAAUGUCAUUUACAAACUUUGCAUUUUGUUCACGCGCGUUUCCAAGACCUUAAGCACGUGCAGAAUUGUGAUCCACAUUAAUGUACAGUAUUAACCUAUUUUGCAAUGCUGCUGUUAUUUAUACAAAGUGGAAUGUCUUUUCUUUCUUGCGUUUUUUAAAUACAAAAUUUGGUGCUUGUUUCAAAAUCUGUUAUGGUAUAUGCAGACUGGGUGUAACUGGUUUUAAGUCAUGUAUUUUUAGUUGCAUCAAUGCAUCUACAGCUGUUUAUAGCAGUUGCUUUAAAACUGACGGUACUUCUAAACCUGCGAUAUGAAGCAAUAAUCUUAGUUCUCUUCGUUUAACACGCUGUGGAAAUGUCAUAGGCCAAUAUGCAGCAGGAACACGGUGUCGACCAUAAUGGACACUGCAGGGCGCUUGUCCUUUUCAUCACAGACUGUGGCGUCAGUGCUGACGAAAUGGGUCUCUUGGGGCUCGGCUGCACCUGCCUUCUGAUUCCACAGCUGCUGUGGCUUUGACAACCUGGCCAGGGCCCUCGGCGAGUGGGACCCCACUCAUCAACAUGAUGAUCAACACCGAGCAGAGGGAAGGGAAACGCGAGACUUGUUCUGCAGCAGUCGCAGGCUCCAAGUGGCCAACAGCGCGUUACAACAGUUGUUUGCCUGCAUCAGUUCUGACAGAGGCCUUUGUACAGCUGUAUUAUGAAAUCCCACUUCUUCAGUGUCCAGUAAGAGCUCUCUGAAGUGCUGUGCAAUGUGCAUCUCACUGUUUGCAAAGUCUCAUUCUAACCUAUCCUGAACCAGUAACUUCACAUUUUUAAGUCAGGCUUGUUAACAAAGAUGGCAGUGAAGCAACCUCUGGAUCAAUAUCUCGGUGGCUUUUUUUUUAGUCUACCUCGUUUUGUUUUGUGGAAUAUAAUUUCUCCUGAAUGAAUAUAGAAGCCCACUGACUGAUCGGUCUGUGACCAGCUUCUUUAGCUUCAGUUUAACCAGGCCUCUGCUGUGUUUACUUUCAGAGAUAUCUCAAAAAGUGUGAGAGGACAAAAUUCCAGCUGGAAAUUGGCUCUGGAGAGCCUUGUCAGAAAGAGGUUAAAAAACAUGAAAUAAUUUCUACAUAGUUUUGAAUUGUUUUAUUCUGGAAUGGAGUUCCAUACUAUAUGAUAUUUGUUCACACUUUCCUGCGAUCUGUUCAGCUGAGUAUUGCACAGCCACAAAAGUGCCACCACCUCCUUGUUUUUUUAAAGUGGUAUAGUUAAUGGAAUUCUGUCCCUUGGAAGUUACCUGUAUUUUUUUAUUGUGGACACAGUGCAAGACCGUUCAGUUCUCUACUUAAACUCUUUCAGUCUGUUGCUUUUAAGUCUUGGUUAUCACUGCAAAUGAUGUUAAUAUUCUUAUGAGAAGGAAAAAAGAUGACUGAUUUCUGUAAAAUAAAAAUCCUGUAAAAUAACACCUGAUUUUAAAAAAAGAAUUUAGCGAUUACAGAUGUAGGAAACGACUGUCAUUGUUGUCUUACAAUGUAAUGUUUAUUUAAAUUAUGACACUACACACUUAAUUGUUGAUGGUUACACCUUGAUGUAGAUCUUCAUGCAUGAAUUGUCAAUUUCUGAAUUGGCAUUCAUUGGCCAUUUCAAAGUCCAACAAUCUGCUUUGUGUUAAUGUAGUUGUGCCUUAAGUCGCAAUUUUUUUCAUGUUUUUAUCUUUUGUUCAGCUGAGUUCGCAGACGUGCUCAGUUAGAUGUUAGACUGCCACUUUAUACACAAAUGGAUCAGUGAAUUCAAUUAUUGUCAGGAAGCAGUGUUAUGUCCAGAUGUAACCUUCAUUUUCUAAUUGCUAAUGGUAAAUAAAAUUAGGUGUUUCUCUUU